AUGCCGGCCAUCGACAACGCUGAGGUGGAGAGACGUAUUGCUGACGCCCUGCAAGAGGCCAAAAACGUUUAUCGGCGUCUGCCUGAAGCCCAGAACGAUGCCGCAAGGCUGGAGGCCAUCAGCAAGCUGAAGAUAACCAAGUUCGACAAGCAAGUUGCUACCGUGCUUGACGUUGUUAGACCCCUUGAGUGGAAACUUGAGAAUGGCCAACCCGUCGAAAGACCUAUCAAAGACAGAGAGGCUGUCACCGCGGCUUUGCUGUACCGUCGAGGAGAGGAGGUUGAGCGAUGUGACAGAUGCCAGACCCUCGGCCCUUUCGCUAAAUGCAUAAUUUCGCCUAGCCUUGGUGGCCGAGCCCUGCACAGGGCGGCCUGUGCAAAUUGCAUAUUUUACCACCAAGGGACGUACUGCCCCCACAGAUUGAAGUUCGAGAAGUCCAAGGGUGAGAUGUGGGCCGAGAGUGACACACAGCUUGUUCUUCCGAAUGGUGGCUUGAGACAGACCCUGGCGCUGACUGGUGAAACCGGAUUCGGAUUUUUGCGCGUAAAUGAUGAAGAUUCAACCUCAAAAGCCCAGGAAUCGGGCGAAUCAAGUGCUCCCAAUAACUCAUCUCCAGCACAUCAAUCGGAAGAAUUUGCGCCCUCUGGUAUCACUCCGUCGUCUGAAGAGCAGGACAACCUGCCAACGAGCCCCAACAACAGCAACGACAACGAAGAUGAGGCCAGAGUUGACCCCUCAGCCAUGGCUGAGGGGUCAACUCUGGCAGACGACAUGGUCACCAUGCCACAAUCGUCCGCCACGCAAGUUGACCAGUACCUGUGGCCAUACCCCCCCGCCGACACGUUGGCAGGGGGGCUAAGCUAUCAGUUCUUCUUCUCGCAAGAUAUGCCCGAAGAUGACAGCUACAUCUUGCCACAGUUGUCCGCCACGCAGGCCGAAGAGGAGCUCUGCCCAUACCCUCCCGCCGGCGAUUGCUUUCUGGCUCAGGUACCCGAGCAUGCUGAGUACAGCAUCGAACACGAGCCCCAGGAGAACAAGCAGGAAUAA